AUGGCAGCGCAGCUCCCGCAGCUCGACUCCCUUCGUUCGCAGUACAGAAAGUCGCUGCAGUCAUUCAAUGCUGGCCUGGAUGACUUUCGGCUCCUGGACAUCGUACCUCCUGAGGGCGAGCAGAACGCGCAGCCGGGCAGUCUCUAUGUCCUGGAUUCUUCGUUUAACCCUCCAACCAUUGCGCAUACCCAGAUGGUGACCGCUGCAGUAAAGGCAGCAAACGCAAAAGGGUCCCCACCGUCAAGGCUGCUAUUGCUAUUAGCAAUUCAAAACGCCGAUAAGCAGCCAAAGCCGGCGUUAUUCGAAGAUCGUCUUGUCAUGAUGCGGCUAGCUGCCGAAGAUGUCCAACAGGCUCUAGCCCAGGAUACUAGCCGGGGCAAAGACGGGAGAAUCUGUAACCUUGCGAUUGAUAUCGGGGUUACGAAACGCCCAUUCUUUGUGGAUAAAGCAGUGGCCAUUGCAGGCGACGGUAGUGUCUAUCCAACGGAGGUAGAACAAGUCCAUUUAACAGGUUAUGAUACACUAGUUCGAAUUUUUGCACCGAAAUACUACGCUGCCGGGGACCUUAGCGUUCUGAGCCCUUUCUUUAGCCUGCACAGGCUCCGGGUAACCAUACGCCCUGGUGGCAGUUGGGGGGAUAGAGAGGAGCAACUAUCCUUCCUCAGUAACCUAGCCAAGGGUGCAACAGAGGACAUAGGCGCAAAGAGAGAAUGGGCAAGCCGUAUCGAGCUCGUUGAGAGCAAUGCAGUCGACAGUGAGCCGAUAAGCUCAACUACAGCUCGAAAUGCAGCCAAAGACGGUCUGGAGCUGCUCUCCAAGCUUGUCACGCCGCGAGUUCUUGAGUAUAUCAUGAGCAAACACCUUUAUGCCACUGACGAUUAA